UGGAUGUGACAAUUUUAGCGAUUACUAUGUAACCGUACGCUGCGCUGCUACACCGCUGUCACAAAGAGCGCAGCCUCUCCCGCGACCCUCCAGCUCUCACAUUCCUGCUAUCGUCUUCCUAAAUUUCGGAUGUACAAGUAACGAGAGCCGUUUUCUCUAUAACCAGGAAAGGAAAAAAAAACAACUCAGUUAGUACCGUAUGAGGCAGUUGCGCACCCUGAGGUCACCACAGCACCUAGGAAACGCAGCUGACGAGCCCCUCCCCCGGCAUCACCCCACAAGAGCAUGCCCUCGGAGCUUAGCCUCAGUGCUCAGGAUAUGCUGACAGGACAGCGGUUGUGUCAGUCCAAAUCUCACCAGGAUUCCGUUCUUUCUGCCCUCAACCAGCAGAGGAAAGAGGGCCUCCUCUGUGAUGUCAUUCUGGUUGCCGGGGAACAGAAAUUCCACGCCCACAAGGCUGUCCUGGCGGCUUGCAGUGAUUACUUCCGGGCCAUGUUCAGUCUGUGUAUGGUGGAGAGUGAAGCCGAGGAGGUGACCCUUCAGGGAGUAACCAGUGUGGGCCUGAAGCAAGCACUGGACUUUGCCUACACUGGGCAGAUCAUGCUGGAGCCAGGUGUGAUCCAGGAUGUCCUGUCAGCAGGAAGUCACCUGCAGCUGCUGGAGCUUCUUAGCCUCUGCUCACACUACCUCAUUCAGGAGCUGAACAGUUUUAAUUACCUUGACCUGUAUCGGCUGGCCGACCUGUUCCACCUGCCGGUGCUGGAGGGCGCAGUUGUGGACUUCCUGGUGGAGCACUUGUCUGAACUUCAGCACAGCCGCCAGGAGGAGGUGCUGCUGCUCCCCUACCGCCUGCUGAGGGAGGUUCUGAAGAGCGACCGUCUCACCUCCCUCAAUGAGGAGCAGAUCUGGCAGCUGGUGGUGCGCUGGCUGGAGCACGACUGCAGGUACCAGCGCAUGGACGACCUGCUGCAGUACGUGCGCUACGGCCUGAUGGACGCGGCGGCGCUGCACCGCGUGGCCAAGUGCCACCCGCUGGUGCAGGCGAGCGAGGCGGCCACGGCGCUCAUCAGCGAGGCGCUGGAGUACCACCGCGCCACCUUCGCCCAGCCGCUGCGGCAGACGCAGCGCACCAAGCCCCGCUUCCGCUCGCUCACGCUCUACAUCGCCGGCGGCCGCAAGCGCGAGGUGUGCCGAGUGCAGGAGCUGCGCUUCUUUAACCCCGUGGAGCAGGAGCACGUGCACAUCGCCGGCGUGUCCAACUGGAGCGAGCUGGCGCCCAUGCCCGCCGGCCGCAGCCACCACUGUGUGGCCGUCAUGGGCCACUUCCUGUUCGUGGCCGGUGGCGAGGUGGAGCACGCCACGGGCCGCACCUGCGCCGUGCGCACCGCCUGCCGCUACGACCCGCGCUCCAACCGCUGGACGGAGAUCGCGCCCAUGAAGGCCUGCCGGGAGCACUUCGUCCUGGGCGCGCUGGGCCAGUACCUCUACGCCGUGGGCGGCCGCAACGAGCUCAGGCAGGUGCUGCCCACCGUGGAGCGCUACUGCCCCAAGAGGAACAAGUGGACCUUCGUCCAGUCCUUCGACCGCUCCCUGUCCUGCCACGCUGGCUGUGUGGCUGACGGGCUGCUCUGGGUCUCAGGUGGAGUCACAAACACAGCCCAGUACCAGAACCGGCUGAUGGUGUAUGACCCUGUACAGAAUGAGUGGCUUUCUCGCUGUCCGAUGCUGCAGAGGAGAGUUUACCAUGUGAUGGCAGCCGUACGGAGACAGCUCUAUGUGCUGGGCGGUAAUGACCUGGACUACAACAACGAUCGAAUCCUGGUCCGGCACAUCGACUCGUACAACAUCGACUUAGACCAGUGGACGCGCUGUACCUUCAGCCUUCUCACAGGGCAGAACGAAUCGGGCGUGGCCGUCCACAGUGACAGAAUUUACGUUGUUGGUGGAUAUUCCAUCUGGACUAAUGAGCCUCUGGCAUGUAUUCAGGUUCUGGAUGUUAGCACAGAGGGGAAGGAGGAAGUCUUCUACGGCCCAACGCUCCCGUUCGCUUCCAACGGAAUCGCAGCAUGUUUUCUGCCUGCCCCAUACUUCACCUGCCCCAACCUACAGACACUGCAAGUUCCCCAUCACAGGAUUGGAGCUGUGUAACAGCCAAACAGACAUUUGUUUUCUCUCUCCCUCUGUCUCUCUCACAUGCUUAUACACAGUCUCAAGGCCCAGAAUUUGCUGUGCCUGAGUAUCACAUCCUAAAGAGAACUACAUCUCCCAGGAGGCAUCAGGGCUGAGCCUGAGCAGACGAGGAUGGACACUGGCAGGAUGCCCGCAAACUCUCCACAUUCACGUCACUGGGGGGGAGGGGGCUGGACCUGGGGUCAGGGCCCCCGGGCCCUGACGGUAUGAAUGAUGUUUACAUGGCCAUCCUGACAUGACAACAUGACUACAACACAACAGCCGAGAGCAAGGAGCAGAGCUCAGAACAAGGGCUACAUGAGUGUGCACCAGAGUCUUCAACAGCAUCAUAGAGGGUUACAAGGGGUUACAAAGACAUUUCUGUGUAGAGUGGGGCAAUGACAGGAGGCUGCUUAUUUGUGCCACUCAGUUCCCCACUCACCUGCCAGGCAUCCCACUCUGACCAGGAGAAGCUGUGGUUUUCCAGGACCCCAAUCCAUGCCGAGCUGCUUGUUAAAGCUGGAGGGUGAUGUCACAAUCUAUUGACUUCACAAGUGACCUAACACUAACAAGUGCAACCUGAGAUUGCGGACCCUCUCCUCUUUGACUCCUCUAGUGGUGAAACGCUGUUACUGCACCCCUCUGAUGUGGAUGGAGCCAAGUGCAAUUACCUUGUGGCGAGGUGAAAGAAUGCGCCUCCUGGCUGAGACUGUGACUGAAGAUGUUGACCUCUGGCUCAUGGUGGGUCUGCCAUGUCACCACUAUCCCACUGUGCUCUUUACCUCAGCAUAGCCCUGGCUGUGUUAGCAUUUACAUCAACUUUCUGGCCAGGAUCGCUCUCUGCAGCUCCUCUUUCAAUCAGAUGCUCAAUAUGGCCAGAACAGGCAGGAUGGAAGUUGCCAUGUUUUUUUUGUGGUGCAAAGAAACAAAUUUCUGUGUUUCUGCAAGAAACUUUCACUUCAAGCUGCACUCAAAUGCAAAUUAUGUGAUGUUGCCCCCUGCUUAACUAGAUAAUAACUAUUCUCAAGUAUGGCAGCAAAGUGCAAUAGACAAUAGAGACAAUAGCGUAAUCAUUUUUCCCCUCAGCCUCCAUAUUUUUUUGUUUUUCAUUUCAAAAAAUGAAAAUCAUUAUCACUUUUCUGUCUGGCUGUAUUGACAGCUUUCAUGUAGGAGUGGAAUGAGGGACAGUUUACCAAGAGGAAAUCAAUGAAAAAAUCCAGGUUGGGGUGAACCUAUGGAAAUUCAACAUAAACACGGAAUGGCAAACAGCCAUUCUGAGUAGCAGACGUGGUACAGGACCAGGCUUGUCUGGAUGUUGCCAGUGAGAACACAGCGUAAGAGUCUCCAGUACAUUUGCUCAUCUUUCCGUUCCCAGCGACUGUAUGGACAUGUGCCGGUCUGAGCUUGCUGUCUGUGGCCUGAAUGCGCAGAAGGCUCUAAUCUGAAUAUGAAGGAGGACUUUACUGACUGUGAUGA